AUGGAGGAAACAAAGACAUUGCUACAAGAUCUUUGUGAGAAGUUCAAAAACCCUGCAGAAAAGAACAUACUUAUGGCUUUGGACAGCCAAAGAAAAGAAGAAAGGAUGAAAAUGGAGACGGUGACUAAGGCUCUCCAAGACAAUGUCCAGCUUUUUAAAAAAAAGAAUAUUCAGCUUGAAGGAGAAGUAAGAAAAUACUCCUAUACCCACAGUAAAAAAAAUGAUGCAUUCAUAGAGAUCAAUAAUGAAAAGUUAAAGCUUGCUAAGAAGAUAGUUGAGCUUGAGGACGAAAACGAAAAAAUAAAGGUAGGUAUCAUUAUGGCAGAUAAAAGUAUUCAAGAAAAAGAAGAAAGACUGCGUACCCUUUCAAGGCCUUCCUUUAAUGAAAUAUACCUUGAAAUUGUUAAAGGAUUUGGAAUUGAGUUUCUUGAGGGAGAUGGAAGAAAAUAUUGCCGGAUAAAGAACAAGAAAAUGAGUGAUGUUUUUACAAUUGAUGUCGGUUCGAGUGCUUCCAUGUUUGAAAUCACUAACUCCAUUUGGGAGAAGAUUUGA